CAGGCGCGCCGACUUUGCCACCCAGGGCUCCGGGUGGCAACGUCGCGUUGAACGGCGUUCGCGGGCCCGGUGCCUCUUGAUUUGGAAGAAGCACCUAAUAGGAAUGGAGCCGUCUAGCUCGGAAGAGGUUGGCCUGGAGCAGGGCGAGGCCCGCAAGGAUUUGGACAUAACUGAGACGGUUUUGAAGAAGGGGACGCUGUCGCUGUCAUCUGAUGAGGCCGUAAUAGUAAGGUUCCUGUUGGCGCUGGGCGAGAAGUGGAGGCGUCACGGCCGGGAGGAGCUCGUAAGGGAGCUAAGAACGGCCAGGGAACGGGGGGACAAGUUGACGCUUUUCGCCGGCAUUGCGGAUAAGCUGGUACGGCUGGAGCUGCCACCCAUGGCCAGGCCCCAGGCAAUGGGCGAUGAGGUGGGGGAUGUGGCGCCGGACGUGGAGGAGAGCAUCAUGGGCAUGGUGGAGGACAACGAGAUCGUGUCCCUGUCCGCGAUCCUGGAGCUGAAGGGCGCGUGCCUGGAGGAGGGGGAGUCCGGUGGCGUGGAGGAUGGGCGGCCAGCUUCAUCGACUACGGCAGCAGCCGCGGUGGAGGGCACUGCGGUGGCUGCACCACCAUUGAAUGUGGUGACGCCAAAGGAGGGAAUGGCUGAUGUGGAAGCAGCAAGCAGUGGUGCUGGUGCUGCCCGCUCUGGCACUGAUGUUGUGACAGACCUGCCGGAGCCCGGGGUUGCUGCUGGAGAGCUAACCGAUGGCACCUUGCUGAGGGAGCUGUACAUCGCCCUGCGAGUCCCCGAUGCCCUCCGCGACCUACUGCGAGGCAACGUGCGGCAACUGCGGCCGAACGUGCUCGACGCGUGCAAUGCGCGCGCCAAAGCUCGUGCGGCGUUGGACCUGGAGGCGCAAUCUGCGGGGAGACCCCGCACAUCAGCGGAGCUAGCGCUGACCGUGUACUGGGACAUGACGGGCAGGGCAUGCCUGUUCUGGAUUGACAUGACGGGGACUGACGGCGUGUUCAACCCAGUCCUCCUGGUCCUGUAUGUGCCGGGGCCGGUGAUGCAGAGCAAGUACCCGGUGUUGGUGCGAGCGGCGCGCAACAUGCAGCGGCGCCUGAUGGAGGCGCAGACGCUGAAGAAGGUCCCCCGUGGUCGGCUGAAAGAGUGUGGCGGCGAAACUCACAUGGCAGGCUACCGGCAUGUGCAGACCAACAAGGCGAGCCGCGUGACCAUGUUCCUGUUGGCGCUGGGCGAGAAGUGGAGGCGUCACGGCCGGGAGGAGCUCGUAAGGGAGCUAAGAAGGGCCAGGGAACGGGGGGACAAGUUGACGCUUUUCGCCGGCAUUGCGGAUAAGCUGGUACGGCUGGAGCUGCCACCCAUGGCCAGGCCCCAGGCAAUGGGCGAUGAGGUGGGGGAUGUGGCGCCGGACGUGGAGGAGAGCAUCAUGGGCAUGGUGGAGGACAACGAGAUCGUGUCCCUGUCCGCGAUCCUGGAGCUGAAGGGCGCGUGCCUGGAGGAGGGGGAGUCCGGUGGCGUGGAGGAUGGGCGGCCAGCUUCAUCGACUACGGCAGCAGCCGCGGUGGAGGGCACUGCGGUGGCUGCACCACCAUUGAAUGUGGUGACGCCAAAGGAGGGAAUGGCUGAUGUGGAAGCAGCAAGCAGUGGUGCUGGUGCUGCCCGCUCUGGCACUGAUGUUGUGACAGACCUGCCGGAGCCCGGGGUUGCUGCUGGAGAGCUAACCGAUGGCACCUUGCUGAGGGAGCUGUACAUCGCCCUGCGAGUCCCCGAUGCCCUCCGCGACCUACUGCGAGGCAACGUGCGGCAACUGCGGCCGAACGUGCUCGACGCGUGCAAUGCGCGCGCCAAAGCUCGUGCGGCGUUGGACCUGGAGACGCAAUCUGCGGGGAGACCCCGCACAUCAGCGGAGCUAGCGCUGACCGUGUACUGGGACAUGACGGGCAGGGCAUGCCUGUUCUGGAUUGACAUGACGGGGACUGACGGCGUGUUCAACCCAGUCCUCCUGGUCCUGUAUGUGCCGGGGCCGGUGAUGCAGAGCAAGUACCCGGUGUUGGUGCGAGCGGCGCGCAACAUGCAGCGGCGCCUGAUGGAGGCGCAGACGCUGAAGAAGGUCCCCCGUGGUCGGCUGAAAGAGUGUGGCGGCGAAACUCACAUGGCAGGCUACCGGCAUGUGCAGACCAACAAGGCGAGCCGCGUGACCAUGUAUGCGCACACAUCGAGGAGCCACGAAGCGCGGGUGGUCAUUGGUGCGUUCGGCCUGUGCAUCGCCAUGCUGCUGCUGGCGAUGUGGGACUACCUCGUGACGAGCGCGAAGGAGACCGUCGCGGGUACGCCUGCAAUCCUGGCGACAGGGGCGCCAUGGGGCCUGGUUCCGGUUGGGCUGGACUACUUCACACACCCGCAUCUGGACCCGGACGACGCAACGCCAACUGUCGUGUUCCUGGCUCUGUGGAAGUCGGCAACAGGGCGCCGGUGCAAGGACUUCCUGGACGAUGUGGAGCGUGCGGCGCAUGUCAGCCGCAACCUGUUCACAUUUGGUGGGGUCAGCGCCUACACCCGCACCCAGGACAGCGACCUGCUGGUGUUCGACGCGCGGCAGGUGGUGCACGGUGCUGACUUGCGUGUGCCACUUAACGCUAAAUUCGAUGAGGCGGGCAUGCCGUGCGGCGUGACGGUGGGCUCUGGCGUUGUGUCACGCCAGUCUGAUGUGAAAGUGGGGAGGGCCGAGGCACGUGGGCGGUUGGAGUUGGCGGCGGAGGGCAAGACCGCAUCUCUGCAUGUCAUGUGCAAGCGCGGUGAGGAGUUUGAGGCGGAGAUCCUGCGCAUGGCCGCAAGCGCGGGGUGUGAGGCCGAGGCUGGAUGUCAUCCGCCAUCCCAGAAGCGGGCUGCGGGUGCGGCCCUGCCACAGUCAGCUAUAAAGGGCCGCCGGGCGCAGGGCAGUGGUGGGAAGUGCUGAGCGGGCGGAUCAGCCAUGCACGGCUGGUCGCAAGCAUGUAUCGUUGUUGUUAUGAGUUCCAUAGGUAAACAAACAAGAGGCCGGUAGAUCAAUACUGUACUGAUGGGAAACUUGUGUCUCAGAUGCUGGGAAGCUUCCGGUGCAGGGCUGCGUGCGCUGUCGGCAGCCGGGAAGUUUUCUUUAGUGGAAAGGCGGGAAGGGGGCUGGGGCUGCAUCGUCAUACGGCACCGGUGCAGGGCUGCGUGCGCUGCCGGAAGCAGGGAAGUUUUCUUUACUGGAAAGGCGGGAAGGGGGCUGAGGCUGCAUCGUCAUACGGCACCGGUGCAGGGCUGCGUGCGCUGUCGGCAGCCGGGAAGAUUUCUUUAGUGGAACGGCGGGAAGGGGGCUGGGGCUGCAUUGACAUACGGCACCGGUGCAGGGCUGCGUGCGCUGUCGGCAGCCGGGAAGAUUUCUUUAGUGGAACGGCGGGAAGGGGGCUGGGGCUGCAUCGUCAUACGGCACCGGUGCAGGGCUGCGUGCGCUGUCGGCAGCCGGGAAGUUUUCUUUAGUGGAACGGCGGGAAGGGGGCUGGGGCUGCAUCGUCAUACGGCACCGGUGCAGGGCUGCGUGUGCUGUCGGCAGCCGGGAAGUUUUCUUUAGUGGAAAGGCGGGAAGGGGGCUGGGGCUGCAUCGUCAUACGGCACCGGUGCAGGGCUGCGUGCGCUGUCGGCAGCCGGGAAGUUUUCUUUAGUGGAACGGCGGGAAGGGGGCUGGGGCUGCAUUGACAUACGGCACCGGUGCAGGGCUGCGUGCGCUGCCGGCAGCCGGGAAGUUUUCUUUACUGGAAAGGCGGGAAGGGGGCUGGGGUUGCAUUGACAUACGGCACCGGUGCAGGGCUGCGUGCGCUGUCGGCAGCCGGGAAGAUUUCUUUAGUGGAACGGCGGGAAGGGGACUGGGGCUACAUCGUCAUACGGCACCGGUGCAGGGCUGCGUGCGCUGUCGGCAGCCGGGAAGAUUUCUUUAGUGGAACGGCGGGAAGGGGGCUGGGGCUGCAUUGACAUACGGCACCGGUGCAGGGCUGCGUGCGCUGCCGGCAGCCGGGAAGUUUUCUUUACUGGAAAGGCGGGAAGGGGGCUGAGGCUGCAUCGUCAUACGGCACCGGUGCAGGGCUGCGUGCGCUGUCGGCAGCCGGGAAGAUUUCUUUAGUGGAACGGCGGGAAGGGGGCUGGGGCUACAUCGUCAUACGGCACCGGUGCAGGGCUGCGUGCGCUGUCGGCAGCCGGGAAGUUUUCUUUAGUGGAAAGGCGGGAAGGGGGCUGGGGUUGCAUCGUCAUACGGCACCGGUGCAGGGCUGCGUGCGCUGUCGGCAGCCGGGAAGAUUUCUUUAGUGGAACGGCGGGAAGGGGACUGGGGCUGCAUCGUCAUACGGCACCGGUGCAGGGCUGCGUGCGCUGUCGGCAGCCGGGAAGUUUUCUUUACUGGAACGGUUGGUGGCCCCGGAAGACACAAGCCCAGAAGACAUCAUCAUGUUACAGACUGCAUCAGCCGCGUGAGCGGCUACCC